AUGGAGGCCUCCUCCUUCUCGAGCGGUGAUGAGCACAGCACUUCGAUCCCUCUAUCGCCCUCUGCCUCACUCAGCUGCGGCGAAAGCUCACUCAACGCGUCGCUACUCGACGAUGAUCGAUACACGGGCGACCGCCUGGGAGACGAGACCCCCAGCGAGCGCUGCGACGAUAGCCUCUCGCAGUCCACUUGCGCUUGGGGCGAGGAUUCGGUGGAGAGCUUCGGUGAGCCCUCACCAUCUUCCUCGCUGUCCUCGUCGAUGUCUUCGCUCUCGUCGAGUGCGUUCUUGGAGGACCUCAGCAUCCUGGGAUCUGUCCUCUCGGAUGACAUCUACCACGAAGUUCGAAGGAAGGAGGAAGACACGCCCGCUCUACAGAUCGAUCAAGAGUACCACAAGACACGACCCAUUCUCGUAGAUUGGAUGCUCGACGUGGGCGAUUACUUCGGCUUUCACGGAGCCACCACACACCUGGCCGUCGCCUACCUCGAUCGCAUGCUCUCGAUGAUGUCCAUAGAGCGCAACAAGUUGCAGCUCGUGGCUACGGCGUGUUUGCUCAUCGCAGUUGGAGGAGAUUCCAACAAGGUGCCCACCGUGACUGAGUUCAACGACCGCACGCUGGACACUUACUCUGCCGACCUCAUUCGAACCUGCGAGCGCGUUGUACUCAACCACCUUGGAUGGAACCUGUUGCUGACCACGCCACGCAGCAUGCUCGACUUUUUCCUGGCCGAGGUCUCGUGCGUGAGCUACGACGAUCUCAUUCGAGGCGUUCCGCUUUCCUACGACAGGUCGCAGGCGGUUGAGGACUGGGCAAUCGCUACCGCCCAUUCGGUGAUGACCAUGAUCGUGUUAGACCACCAGUUUUUGCGUUUCCGACCAUCAAUUUUGGCUGCCGUGUGCCUGGCCGUGGCCCGCAGACAGGCUCGUAUCGAGCCCCUGUGGCCCGCGCGACUGGAGCGCAAGACGGGUUUCUCGCUCGAUGAGAUCGCCGACUGCUUCAACUUUACCUGGAGCAUGCAAGAGAGCGCACUGGCGAAGCAGGCGGGAACGGCACAAGAGGCUAUGGAGACGUGA